AUGGCGGCGCUGCUGCGGCGGGGGCUGCGAGCGGCCUCGCUGCUCACCGGGACCCCGCGGCGGGCGGCGGCGUGGGGGGGGCAACGGGAGCCGCGGGGGGGGCAACGGGAGCCGCCGGACCCCACUAUGGAGGAGGCCGAGGCGGGGCCGGGGGCCGCUCACGUCUCUCCUCCCAGGCCGCGGCGGCGGCGGCAGGGAGAGGAGCGCGGAGCCCCCGAGCGCACCCUGACGUGGGCAGCCAUGGAGCAGAUGCGGUUCCUGCGGCAGGAGCUGCCCGAGGAGUGGCCGCUGGAGCGCCUGGCCCGAGGCUUCGGGGUCAGCCCCGACGUGGUGCGCCGGGUGCUGCGGAGCCGGGGCUGCCCCCCCCCGCCCCGCCGCCUGCGGCAGGACCGGAAGGCGCUGACCGCCGCACGGGGCUCGGCAGCGGGACCGGAAGCCGGGCGCGAGGUGCGCGCUCCCGACGGCACGCUGCUGUACCGGCUGCCCCGGGGUGUGCUGUGAGGGGCCGCGGGGACACCGCCUCCCCCCGCGCCCG